AUGGAUUCUCAUGCAAUCGAAUAUGAACCUGCCAGAAUAGAGGAUUUACGUGUAGUUGUUGGAGUGGAUUUCGGCACAACAUUUUCGGGUUUCGCUUACGCUUACAUUAAACCAGACAAGGCGAAAAUAGAGGUUGUAGUAAAUGAAGAGUGGGGAAAUUACAAAAGUCUUGAUAAAACCAAUACAGUAUUACAAUACGACGAAGACUAUAAGGAUAUCGUAUCUUGGGGAGCCGAUGCGUUAAGUUCCGAGCCUAGCCGAAGAAAAAAUCAUAGUAAUAAACCUUUACCAAGACCGUUGGAAUAUUUCAAACUUCAUUUAGGAGAUGUCCCGGAAAGCAAAAAACCAAAAUUACCGCCUGGAAUUACCUUUCAGAAAGUUAUAACUGAUUAUCUUCGCGAAAUAGAAUUCAAUGAAAAGUCCAAGACAAUUAUGAGAAAAUGUGCAUACGAUGCCAACUUGAUCAAAUCUAUUGGCACACUAAGUCUUCAAUUUACCACUGAACCGGAGGCUGCUGCAAUUCAUUGUAUGAAUAAGUUGAAUGAAUUGAAUUUAAAAACUGGAGCAAAAUACUUGGUUGUUGAUUGUGGUGGAGGAACUGUGGACUUAACAGUUAGAAAGUUAUUAUCAGAUGAUCGAAUAGCAGAAACAACUGAACGUUCAGGAGAUUUUUGUGGAGGAACCUAUGUUGAUGAUGAGUUUUUAAAAUUUCUUGAAAGUAGAGUAGGCAAAUCUGCAAUGAACAUGUUAAAGGAAAAACAUUAUGGUCAGGUUAAUUAUUUAAUACAUAAAUAUUUUUGUCCCGUAAUUAAAAUUCCAUUCACUGGUGAAAAAUCCAAAUUCAAAGAUAUUGAAUUGGACAUUCAGAGAAAAUGUCCUGCAAUUAUGCAAUAUGUCACUGGGUCAGAAAGAGAACAAUUGUCGGAUGAGGAUGAAUGGAUCAUUGAUUUUGAUUUUGACACCGUGAAAUCAUUUUUUGACCCAGUAAUCAACAAGAUUUUGAGGUUGAUUGAGAUACAACUUUCAAAAUGUCCAGACUGUUCGGUGAUGUUUUUGGUUGGAGGAUUCAGUGAAUCAAAAUAUCUUCAAGCUAGGAUUAGACAGAGAUUUGAAAAACAAUUGAAAGUAGCAAUUCCAACUAGUCCGGCUGCUGCAAUUGUAAGAGGUGCAUGUGAAUAUGGACUUGAUAUGAAGACUGUGACUACAAGAGUACUAAAAUGGACGUAUGGAGUUCGAGUUUAUCCUAAAUGGCAAACUGGUGAUCCACUAUCUCGUAAAACGUCAGAUGAUCGGAUAUAUAAGUUUUUGAAGAUGGCCAGAAAGGGGACAGAGGUGGAUGUGGAUGAAGAAUUUUCCAAGAGCAUGAUUCCUGUUUAUCCUCACCAAACCUCAAUAAUUUUUAACUUUUUUUAUACCUCCAAAUACGAUGCAUCUUAUUGCGAUGAACCUGAGAUGAAAAAAUUGGGCAGUUUCACUGUUGAAUUGCCCGAUGCUAAUUUAGGGCUGAAUCGUUCUGUUCUACUAACAUUACGUUUCGCAUCUAUGGAAGCUACUGUUGCAACUGCAAGGAAUGAAAAUACUGGUAAAGUUUAUCGCACAAAAUUUACCAAUACGGAAUGA